AAAUUGUUUGUUGUAGUCUUUUGUAUCUUUUUUGUUCCAAAUUGAUUCAAUUUUCAUCCUGGUUGUUGAAUUCGGCAACAACAUUCUUGCCACCUUCGUGUUGAUUGUUUACCACCGUAGAGUUAAUUUCCAAGAACCAAUUUUUGAAAAGAAACUUUCUUUUUUUCUUUUUCUUGGCGUGAUUUCCCUGUUUGAUUAACUUAGCUUUGUGCGAAAAGAUCUAAGAAAAUUAAAAUCGUUGAUUCUAUUGAAUUGGUGAUGGUGUUGGCAGAUUUAGCUGAUCUUGAAGAUAUUCAAGAUGGCAGGAUCGAAGGAGAAUAAUCCAGGAGUAAUCAGGCCCUCUCACCGUCAAGGGGAGGAAUUGGUGGGGGCAAGAAGAGGGAAGUUUGGUACUGAAGCUGCAAUCUGUCAAACCAAUAGGAGGGCUUUAAGUGUCAUCAAUCGGAACAUAAUCGGAGCUCCUCCAUAUCCCAAUGUUGUUCACAAGAGAGCCCUUUUGACAGAGCAAAAUGCAGUCGCUAACAAGAAGAUCCCUCCAGUUCCGAUUCAUCGGCCCAUCACUAGGAAGUUGGCAGCUGAGUUGGCUACCCACCAGCAGCACCCUCUGGUUCAGGAGCCUAAGCCACCAGUUCUACAACCAGCUCCUGAACCUGAAUCAGAUGAUUGCAUUAUUGUUGAUGUGGAGGACUAUAAAUCAACUGGCGACUACCCUGUGCCAAUGUCUGUACAACACACAGAAGCUAUGAUGGAGGAAAUAGACAGAAUGGAUGCUGAAUUUGAGAUGGAAGAUGUAGACGAGGAACAUGUUGAGGACAUAGAUGCCCCUGAUAAGAAGAACACCUUAGCGGUUGUGGAGUAUAUCAAUGAUAUACAUUGUUACUACAAAAAAGCAGAGACUUUUAGCUGUGUCCCACCAAGCUAUAUGUCCCAGCAAGCUGAUAUCAAUGAGAGGAUGAGAAGCAUUCUGAUUGACUGGCUUAUUGAGGUGCAUUACAAAUUUGAAUUGAUGGAUGAGACCUUGUACCUUACUGUCAAUCUCAUCGAUAGAUUCUUAGCAGCUGUUUCUGUGGUCCGAAAGAAACUCCAACUUGUUGGAGUUACAGCAAUGCUUCUGGCCUGCAAGUACGAGGAAGUUUCUGUUCCCGUUGUUGAAGAUUUCAUUUUGAUUUCUGACAAAGCUUAUUGCAGAAAAGAAGUACUUGAAAUGGAGAGCUUAAUGAUCAACACCUUACAAUUUAAUCUGUCAGUGCCAACUCCUUAUGUCUUCAUGAAACGUUUUCUUAAAGCAGCUCAAUCUCACAAAAAGUUGGAGCUCUUGUCUUUCUUCAUUAUCGAGCUAUGCUUGGUGGAAUACGAAAUGCUGAGGUUCCCACCUUCUCUUCUAGCAGCAGCAGCCAUCUUUACUGCACAAUGCUCCCUCAACGGGUCUAAGAAUUGGAGUAUCACUUGUCAGAGUCACUCGAACUAUACUCAAGAUCAGCUUUUGGAAUGCGCGAAACUGAUGGUUGGUCUCCAUCAGAGGGCUGGCACUGGCAAGCACACCGCUGUUCACAAAAAGAUGGAGAAGAAGCCUAAAAAGUUCCUCACAGUUGCACCGUUUGAAUGCGCCUGGCGAGAUGACUUGAGGUUCAGAGAAGCAGGGAGAGGGUGUGUGGCUUUUGAUGCUUUUGCUCACAAUGAUGUGACGAUUGUGUUCCGGGAGCACGUUGGCAGUCAGCAGUAUCAUUACAAAACAGACAAUAAUCCGCACUAUACGGUGAUCAUCGGUAGUCAUAAAAACAAGAGACUAAAAAUUGAGGUCAAUGGACAAACGGUUGUGGAUGUUUCUGAGGUUGGCCUAUGUUGUUCUUCAGGAUUCCAGAGCUACUGGAUUGGUGUUUAUGAUGGUUUAAUUAGCAUUGGCAAGGGGAGGUAUCCUUUUCAAAAUCUUUGCUUUCAGUGGCUUGACACCAAACCAAAUUGCGCCGUGCAGUACAUCGGAUUAAGCAGUUGGGACAAGCAUGUUGGGUAUAGAAAUGUCAGUGUUCUGCCUCUCACACAAAAUCAUAUGUCCUUGUGGAGGCAAGUCGGCUGUGAUGAAUAUGAUAGGUUCGACUACUCUGAAGAAGAGUUGGAAAAUGAAAUUGAAGACUAUGAGAAAUGGGGACUUGAAAACUUUCUCGAGAGCUGGGAACUGUCAGACAUGUAUUUUGUUGUUGGAAAGGAGGAAAGAGUUGUCCCGGCUCACAAGCUGAUUUUAGCUGCAUCUGGUAAAUUUGAAUUUAACUCCGCUGCAGAUGAUGUCAUUAAUCUCCCUGAUGUGAAUUAUCAAAUUCUACAUGCAUUUCUGCAAUAUAUUUACGAGGGCUGUACUCAGAUUCCCGAGCCACAUCUUAAUUCCUUGAGAGAUCUUAGUUUACGAUUUGAAGUACUACCUUUGACGAAGCAAUGUGAGCAGGUCAUUGAAAGGUUUAAUCUCAACCGACAGUUAUUUGACUCGGGUAAGAAUGUGGAGCUUGCAUAUCCAAAUCCCGGGCUCCGCACCUAUGCUACCUUCCCAACUGGCCUACCCAUCGAUGCACAUCGGCUUAUGCAAUUUCAAUUGGAUGGUAAAUACUGUGAUGUUGGCCUUUAUAUCGAAGGCCAUGGCCUAGUCAUGCAGGCACAUAGAAUUGUUCUUGGUUUAUGGAGCAUUCCUUUCACAAAGAUGUUCACCAAUGGAAUGAGCGAGAGUGUUGCGCCAACAAUUUGGUUGAAAGAUGUAUCUUUGGAUGCCUUUCGAGUUAUGCUCGAGUUCAUGUACCGGGGCGACUUAACUAAAGGAUCCAAUUUGGAUGUUGGAACGAAUUUUCUCCAGCUUCUGUUGUUAGCAGAUCAGUUUGGGGUUACUCUUCUUCAUCAAGAGUGCUGUAAAAUACUCCUGGAGUGCCUCUCAGAGGAUUCAGUAUGCCCAGUUCUUCUAGUGAUUGCAUCUGUUCCUUCAUGUAAACUAAUUGAAGAAACCUGCAAGAAGAAGUUCUCAGUGCACUUUGAUUAUUGUACUACUGCAAGCUGUGACUUUGUCAUGUUAGAUGAAGACACAUUUGAGAACAUCUUACAGCAUCCCGACUUGACUGUGACUUCUGAAGAAAGGGUUCUCAAUGCUAUCUUGCUCUGGUCUGUCCAAGCCAAUGAGUUGUUUUCGUGGGAAAAGGUUGAUGAAAUGCUUCAAAAUAUGACCCCCGAGAUUCUUUUUCGGGAGAGGUUGCAGUCCCUUAAUGUUUUGUUACCUCUCGUGCGCUUCACAUUGCUUCCAUGUUCCAUACUUAAAAUGUUACAGAGCAGCAACUUAAGUAAACAGAUUCCUAUUUUUGAUCAUCUGGUCAAGGAAGCCAUCUCGUUUGUAGAAUAUGGAGUUGUCUCUUCAGGAAUAGACAAUAUUGUCAGAUGUCAACACCGGCAGUCAAGUUUCAAGGAACUUCAAUACAUCUGCAAUGGGGAUAGCAACGGAGUCCUUUACUUUGCGGGCACAUCAUAUGGGAAACACCACUGGAUAAACCCUGUCUUGUCGAAGAAAGUAGCUAUUACCGCCAGCAGUCCUAUUUCAAGAUUCACGGAUCCAAAGGUUUUGGCAUCUAGGACUUAUCAGGGUACAUCUUUUGCCGGACCUAGGAUGGAGAACGGAAAAAACACAUCGUGGUGGAUGAUUGAUAUCGGUGCUGAUCAUCAGCUGAUGUGCAACUAUUACACAUUGAGGCAGGAUGGAUCCAGGGCUUUCAUGAGAUCUUGGAAUUUUCAGGGAUCAUCUGAUGGAAAGAACUGGACUAACUUGAGAGUACAUGAGGAUGAUGAGACGCUAUGCAAGCCUGGCCAGUUUGCAUCCUGGCCGAUCAUCGGCCCUAGCGCCCUGCUUCAAUUGAGAUUCUUCCGAAUCAUCUUAACAGCCCCUACCACUGAUGAUACCAAUCCAUGGAACUGUUGCAUCUGUUACUUGGAACUCUAUGGCUAUUUCCAUUGA